CACAUGCUGCAUUCCAGACCCUUGCAGCUGGCUGAAAACAUUGGCUGGAAAUCUGAGGAGUUGCUUAGUGUACGAUACAUCCAUCCUGCUGGUUUAAACCGAUCCAAAAGAACAGGAACUCCAGAAGGACCUGAAGACUUGCCAAAGUAGGAUUCCUUUGUCUGCUGUUGGCUUAUAAAACGGCGGUGUAGCUUUCGCUUUAGUCUUUUCUCUUUCCUGAUCACGUCACACUCCAGCAUUGCUUUAGUCAUACUGCAGCUGCUUCUGGAAACUGAGCCAAGGUUGCCAAGACCCAAAAGCAUAGUCAGUUGAGAGUGAGAGGCAUCAAGUGGAUUCUAGAAAGCUUCUGGCCUCUGGGAUUCCUGAUACUUAGAGGAAAAACAAAUCCAUCAUGAAACUUAAACAAGAGGUGCCCUACAUUUUCUUGCUUCCUAUCUACUUAUUGAUGUGGCUAUACACAACCCUCACCUUUGUCCCAUGGUAUUUCCUCUCUGAUGCAAAGAAUAAAAAGGCCAUGGCAAAACGAAUCAAGGCAAAGGCCACAUCCGAUAAACCCGGCAGUCCUUACCGCUCCGUCGACCACUUUGACUCCCUUGCCAGAGUGGACUUCCCUGGACUGGAUACACUGGACAAACUCUUUGAAGCAGCUGUGAAGAAAUUUCAGAGAAAUGAUUGUUUGGGCACACGGGAGAUGUUGAGUGAAGAAAAUGAAGUCCAGACCAAUGGCAAAGUAUUUAAGAAGCUGAUUCUCGGGGAAUAUAAAUGGCUAAACUAUGAGGAAGUCAACCAACAUGUAGACCUCUUUGGCAGUGGCCUCUCUGCAUUGGGACUGAAGGCAAAGGAUAUGGUUGGAAUCUUCUGUGAAACCAGGGCUGAGUGGAUGAUUGCAGCUCAAGCUUGCUUCAAGUAUAAUUUUCCACUUGUGACAAUUUAUGCCACCCUUGGAGAAGAUGCUGUAGCUUACGGACUAAAUGAGUCUGAAGUAACUCAUCUCAUCACAAGUGCGGAGCUCCUUGACACAAAGCUGAAGAAUGUGCUACCAAAAAUUCAGAAUCUGAAACACAUCAUUUAUGUGGACAAGAAGACCAUCAAUACUUCAGGAUACCCAGAGGUCCUUCAGAUUCACAGUAUGGCUUCUGUGGAAGAACUGGGAGCCAAGCCAGAGAUUUUGGACACGACUCCUUCUCGGCCUGUCCCAUCUGACUUGGCAGUGGUCAUGUAUACGAGUGGUUCUACGGGUCGGCCAAAGGGAGUGAUGAUGGUGCACAGUAACUUAAUAGCGGGUAUGACAGGCCAAUGUCAGAGGAUACCUGAGCUGGGACCCAAAGAUACAUACAUUGGAUAUCUGCCAUUGGCUCAUGUGCUGGAACUCACUGCAGAAAUCUCUUGCAUUGCUUAUGGCUGUCGAAUUGGUUACUCAUCCCCCCAAACACUGUCUGACCAGUCAACCAAAAUCAAAAAGGGCAGUAAAGGGGACUGUACUGUCCUGAAGCCAACACUGAUGGCAGCAGUCCCGGAAAUCAUGGACCGAAUUUAUAAGAACCUCAUGAGCAAGGUGCAGGAAAUGAACUACUUGCAGAGAACCAUGUUCAAACUUGGUUAUGAUUACAAGUUGGAACAGAUCAAAAGGGGUUAUGAUGCACCUCUUUGCAACCUGUUAUUAUUUAAAAAAGUGAAAGCCCUGUUGGGAGGAAAUGUUCGAAUGAUGCUGUCUGGAGGUGCACCCCUUUCUCCACAGACGCAGAGGUUUAUGAAUGUGUGUUUCUGCUGUCCAGUGGGUCAAGGUUAUGGCUUGACAGAAACAUGUGGGGCUGGUUCCAUCACUGAAGUAUCAGAUUACAGCACAGGCAGAGUUGGAGCUCCACUUAUCUGCUGUGAAAUCAAGCUGAGAGACUGGGAAGAAGGGGGAUAUACCACCCGUGACCAGCCAAAUCCAAGAGGAGAAGUUCUGAUUGGUGGGCCAAAUGUGGCAGUGGGGUACUUCAAAGGGAAUUCAUCCAAUGAUGACUUUUUUGAGGACAGCAGUGGUCAGCGUUGGUUUUGCACGGGAGAUGUUGGUGAAUUCCACCCAGAUGGCUGCCUACAGAUAAUUGAUCGAAAGAAAGACUUAGUAAAGCUACAAGCUGGAGAAUAUGUGUCUUUGGGCAAAGUUGAGUCUGCCCUGAAGAGCUGUUCCCUCAUUGAUAAUAUAUGUGCAUACGCGAACAGUGAACAAUCUUAUGUGAUCAGUUUUGUGGUACCCAAUCAGAAGAAACUGACUGCUCUCGCAGAGCAGAAACAAGUUCAGGGAACCUGGGAGGAAAUUUGUAAUGACAGCAAGAUGGAGGCUGAGGUGCUGCGGGAGAUCAAAGAAGCGUCAGCAUCCAGUAAACUGGAGAAGUUCGAAGUCCCCAUCAAGGUGCGUUUGAGCCCAGAGCCGUGGACGCCAGAAACGGGAUUGGUAACGGAUGCCUUCAAGCUCAAGCGGAAGGAACUAAGGAACCACUACCUCAAUGACAUUGAGAGGAUGUAUGGAGGGAAAUAACCCUUCAAACACCUGGAUAUUUUUCUGGUGCCUGCAGAGUAGUGUACCUAUAAAUUAAAAGCCAGUGAAUGAGUGACUCACUUUAAACAUAAAUUAAUGAACCAAAAGGACAAUGUUCUACUUAAUGGUUUUUCGCCAAUGUACUCAGUCUUGCUUGAAGACAAGCAAUUGGUAUGUAAGGUUGUACUAUGUACCUGCCUUCUGCUAGUGACGAUUGUCCUUUUGCAUGUAGGCUUUUGAAUUUUUUUACCCCAUUCUUGUGCUUGUCGUUAUAUAAGGACCACUGGUUAUACAAUAUGUGCUGGGAGUGGAGGCAAGGAUUGAGUUUAUCAUUGGUGUAAAUAAUCAUUUUUUGUUAAAACAAAACCUCAAUCAUUUUCUUUUACACAUUCUUAAAGAAAAAAGUUUUUUCCACUGCACCUUGAUCUACUCAAGUCCCCUAGUCAGGUGAUGUCACCAGGUUUUUUUUUGAUGUGAUGUUUGCACUAUAACUAUUUUGUGUUUGUAUAGAACAUUGCUGGAAAUUUUUUUCUUUUAAAAAUACAAAUUGUUGCUGUCCAUACCAGUCUACAUUGUCUAAUGCCUUGAUCGGAGGCAGAUAUUUUUAAAAUCAGGACCUUGAUAAAAAAUGUAUUCAAAAAUAGUGAACAGCUUUAGUCGUCUUUGUGAAAAUUCUGGUUAAGUAGUUUACAAAACCGCAGUAACAUACUCACUGACCUCCCCACUUCAUCUGGCAGAUUGUGCCCCAACUACUGUGGUAUUUUUCUGUCCUCUUGCAGCACAACAAUCCUUCUGGCCUUCAGAAAACAUGGUGCUGGGUGUUUUGGGACAUAGUUGUUUGAAUAUACAUAUUACAUAGCUACAAACAUGAUGUUGAGGUGCAAUGCAAUCUCUGGGUUCAGUGCAUUGCUUAAAGCCUAAACUUUGUUCAAAAAUUUUACUUGAACCAUACAAUUGUUCAUUUUAUAAAUAUGCUUUGUACCAAUGCAUCACCAAAUGAUUCUUUUCGUAUAUAUUUUUUAAAAAAUGCCCUAUUAGAAAAUGAAAGGAUUAGCAGAAUUUGGCUAGCUGAUGGGAGCCAGUAGGCAUUGAGAAAACUGCAUAGAAAAGUUUGUCUCCCUCCCCUUUUGCAUAUGUGCCCUGCUCCCCCCUUCUUGCACACCCCACUUUCCCAUCUUCAGUUCCCACUUGAGGCCACAACAGGUAUGCAGGUCAGCAACUGACACCCAUGGAGCAUUAUCCAAGAACGAGUCAACCCUUUUAGAAGAGAGAAAAUGCCCCUCUAAAGUAAUUAACCAUUUCAUGACCAAGUGUGGUUAUCCUUGCUAUUGUCAAUGUAGUAACACAAGAGAGACACUUGUGAAAAUAAAUCUUCACUCUUGUAUCUUUAGCCCUGAAAUGACUUCGGCAGCUGAGUACUUCCAUUGUCCUACUGUACUGUGAAUUUUACCCAACUUGUUCCCGUCCAUGUGGGACCUACAAAUGAGGAUUCCUGCUCCCCUCUCCUUCCAAGCAAAUGUACACUAUUUGCAAUUCAUUAGCAGGAGCACUGUAGUAGCUCUAUAGCCAGGAAUGCUUGGUAAUUCCAGGGAGUGCAAAUCUGCACAACUACCAUUUGGUUUUCCAGUGAUAGAUUUGCAAAGAAGGAUAUGGAAAAGGGGAAAGCCCUCUUGCAAAAUGGUCUAUUAGUUUUAUCAGUUCAAUAAGUUUUAUGUUUUACAAAUGUUUUCCUUUCUUACUUUGCACAGCAUUUCUGAAAUAAUACUGCCAGUAUCUGGUCUUGUGGCUGACAUCCCUGUAUAUAUUAUUCUGUUUCAAUGUUAAAGCCAAUUCACCAGCCGCAGGUUUUCACUGAGGCUAUGCCAGAGACAAUUCAUGCCAAAAGUGAAGCAUUUGGCAUCCGUCUAAUGAGCCACAUUUGUGAACAGCAUUUGUAAGAUUUUAGCCACUAAUUCCAAUUGAGUCCACUAUAAACUCCGCCCAGGCUUUGUCCACUGAGUAUCACAGUUUGCUUCAUCAGUAAAUGUAGCCCUCCUCUACCACACCAACCCCCACCCCCCCCCCCCCCCAACCACCUUAAGAAUAUUAUAAGGAGUAGCUGAUGUGAAAUGUUUAAUGAAAGUUUAAAUGUUGGACAUUUAUAAUCGCACAUUGGAAUGAAACAGGUCAGGGACUAGUAUAAACAACAUGAUUUCAAUGUUUUUAUAUAUAUCCAGGUAUAAAAUAUUUGAGGAUGUAUCUUUCUGAAAGCUGGUUCUUUAGAGCAGCAUUCUGAACAUCCAUAUACACAGUCUACUUAAAGUGUUUGUGGUGAAUCACUUGCUGUAAACUGCUGUACAUUGUGAAUAGUCCUUUAUUUAAUGUUUGUAAAUGGGAGGACGAGUUAGACAUUUUAUUGUGAUAUUGUAGUGAAUGUUUUGAGGUUUCUGGUUUUACACUGCUCAUUGUGUUGCAUUUCUGAACUGGUUGUUAUGUUGCACAAGUAUCUUUGGGUUGAGAAACACAACUCAGUUUUUUUUUGAAUGUUGUCCAAUGAUCCCUACUGGAAUUGAUGUACCAGGCAAGGACAGCCUUGAUAUUUUUCCCAGCUAUUAUAUUGACUAUCGAUAUAGAGAGUGUGUUGACAUUAUAGUGACAUCACACCUCCGCUUUCAUCACUGCUUCUGGAAAACAAUCAAGAGGCCAAAGAUGAUGUAAAGUUGAGCGAUGUCCUCAAAUGUGCCUCAGGCUGUGAUCCAUGAAGCCAUCUGACAUCUAAAAACCCAUGUUUCCAAACAAGGACAUCUUUUUUUCAGGUUGGUUUUUAGCACUAUAUUUUCCAGUGAACAAUUUCCAAAUAUUUGAGGAUGAAAUGCCAUUGUUUCAUUAUCUGUUUUUUAGAAAAAAGAUUGUUGCUACAGAUGGUGUAGGCCAUGAUUUCAAAUACUGAAUACUGCCAUCUCCAAUUAUGGACUGUACUUUAACAAUCUUUGCUCUGAAUCAGCACCAAUUCAUCAGUGAUUUUUUAGUGGAGUGAUUUUCAUCCAUCAGUUUCUUUUGACAGCAAUUUUUUUUUGGAAACCUAUUUAAGAAAGAUUUGUCCUUUUUAUAUAACACCCCUUUUGCUCUAAAUAUUACAGAACUCACUCAGUCUCAUGCUUAUUGCCCCCCCUCUUUCCCAAGUUAUAGCCAGUCAGCCAGGAUUGGGAGGGAUUGUGAGGAGGGAGGGGUUUAUGUUUCUUGGAGAAUCCCCUGCAGGAAGCAACUGGUUGAAUCGCAAUAAGCAAAUGGGGUUUGACUGUUUUGGACCACAACAUCUAAUUAUCCACUUGGAAAAUAAGUUGCAGAGGGGCAUCUGGUGUUUGCAAUGAGAUGUAAUCGACGAGAGGGGUAAGCACAAUGAUGCAGCAGUUAGUACUGCUUACUUGCAGCUUCAGCAAACCAGGUUCAAACCUGCCCUUGUAUGCUGCCUGUGUGGAGUUGACAUAUUCUCCCUGUGACCCCCUGCAUCCAAAAGAUUACUGGUUUUUGGCUCCUGUAAAUUACCCCAGUGUAAGUAGCUGGUAGAAGAAGUAGAGGCAAAUUGACAGGUGUCUGAGAAAAUGGGUUACAGGGAAAUAAGUUGAUGGGUUAAACAUGUAGGUCGUGAGAAACAUGAAAAUAGGUUGCCAGAGAUUUGGUGAAUCAGAAGUAACCUUUAUUUCAUUUGUAAUAUACUCAAGGACAAAAUCUUGCCAUGUGUUGAAAUAUUUCAUCACUGUUUAGGCAAUUUUGCUAGUGAAGUACAGUCAUUUUUUGGCAUGCUUUAAAACUCUAUAUUGGUAUUUUAAUGUCUUUGUUGCAUUUUUGUAAAAUAGCAAAUAUAUAAAUCUGUAUUUAUUAUCAUCAAACAUUUUGAUUGCUGAUGGCCACUUCUCUUAAUUUGACAGUUAUAUGGCAGCCGGUUGUGUAAACUGUUCCUGUGGAGUUGAAGGGUGAACCUUCUCCACCCCAUGGAUCUGUGUAAAUAAAACCAGUUUCUUAGCACAA